AUGGUGUCACUAACCCGACUGCUCUACCCGGGACGGCUGCUCGGUCACCGCACCGAGAGCGUCCACGACUACGUGGGCGUGCUGGUCCCGCUGGAGGAGGCCCAUCUGCACUCCCACUCGGCGCGGUCGGGCAAGACCGAGUUCGAGGAGUUGGCGAGGGACGGGGAGGCCCACUACGAUGCGUACGCGGGCCUGGACGAUGAUGAGGCUGCCAAGGACCGUGACAAUGAGGGCACGGGCAUGCUGCAGAUGAGCGCGGCGGAGUAUACGAUCGAGGGCCUGAGGAGGGAGGUUCGCGAAGGAGAGAGAGGACGUGUUGUCAGCGACUAUGACUUAAAGUCAAAACUUAUCAACAAGGCCAUCCAGGAUAUCGGAAUGGGCAGGUAUAAUUGGCAACUGUUUGUCCUGUGUGGAUUUGGAUGGUUUGCGGAUAACCUAUGGAUGCAGGGCGUUUCUUUGACAUUGCCUUCUUUGUCACAAGAAUUCGGCGUCUCGGAGAAGACAGUGAGAUACACAACCAGCUCGUUAUUCGCCGGCUUGUGCGUAGGAAGUUUCUUCUGGGGCCUCGGCGCCGAUAUCAUGGGUAGACGAGUGGCAUUCAACCUCACUCUGCUCAUAACCAGUAUAUUCGGCAUAUGGGCGGCUUAUGCACCAAGCUGGGGCUGGACGUGUUUUCUGUUCGCCUGCAUGGGAUCGGGGGUUGGCGGGAACCUGCCCGUCGACGGAGCUCUGUUUCUUGAGUUUCUACCAGACGCAUCUAGUGCUCUUCUCACGCUCUUGUCAGUGUGGUGGCCAGUUGGUCAGCUUGCAUCGUCGUUGGCCGCUUGGUAUUAUAUCACGACUAGACCAGUAGAGGUAGGCUGGCGGUCCUUCAUCAUGGCUAUUGGCCUUGUAACAUUCGUCAUGUUCCUCUUCCGCUUCUUCGUUUUCCACCUCCUGGAGUCGCCUAAGUAUCUGCUGUCGCAAGGGCGUCAGGCAGAGGCGGUAGCCGUCGUGCACGGGAUCGCCUACCGCAACGGAGCCAAGACCUGGCUCACUUCCGAGAUCCUGGACGCCGUCGCCGACACCGAAGCAGUCAGGCAGCCUGCAACCCGGCUAUCUACGAGGAGCAUAAUCCGCGAGAAUCUCGCGUCUUUCUCGGGCGAUCGCCUCAAGCCCCUAUUCAACAACCGGAAGCUUGGAAUGGCUACUCUCCUCAUUUGGUUCUGCUGGGCCACGAUCGGUAUGGGCUACCCCUUAUUCAACGCCUUCCUGCCGCAGUACCUGUCGCACGGCGGGGCAUCGCCGCCCACCGACUCGGACUCCUCGGGCAUAUCGCCCGCCGACAGCGCGGCGACCUACCGCAACUACGCCAUCAUCUCCAUGGUCGGCGUGCCCGGCAGCCUGCUGGCGGCCUACACGGUGGACCACAAGUCGCCGUACCUGGGCCGCAAGGGCACGCUCGCCAUCGCGACGCUGGUCUCGGCCGUGUUCCUGUUCUUCUUCGUCACCUUUGGCACGACGCCCAACUGGCAGCUCUUCUUCACCUGCGUCGAGGCCUUCACCCAGAACAUCAUGUACGGCGUGCUCUACGCCUUCACGCCCGAGAUCUUCCCCGCGCCCGUCCGCGGCGCCGGCACCGGCGUCGCCAGCUUCCUGAACCGCAUCACGGGCCUGGUGGCACCCGUCAUCGCGGCGACGAUCCCCGGCGAUGGGACCAAGUUGCCCAUCUACUUGAGCGCCGUCCUCAUAUUGGCAGCGUUCGGUGGUAUGUGUCUGAUCCCCAUUGAAACCAGGGGACGCCAGAGAUUGUAG